AUAAAAUUUGCUUUAUCAUGCCGGUUUUUAUACUAAAAGCAAAAAGUAGUGGAGCAUGCGCACGCAGUAAAGAAUGAAUUUAUCUAGUUACGUCACAGUGAGUAAUUGCGCAUGAGAAGUUGAAAGUACGAAACGGUUGUUGUCAGUGUGAUAUUGCAUCUUAUGCGCACUGAUGAGUAGUAUUUUGUUGAAGUUGUUUCUCUGGAUUACAAAGUGAACCAGCUGCGUGCAAUUUUCUGCUGCAUCACGUCGAUGUCAGCAUCGCCUGAGGCGACAAAGGAGACACGACCAAGUUCCGUCGCUCCACCGACAUCAAGUGUAACAAGUACAAGUAAACGUGACAGUAGCCCACCACCAGACUCUGCCGUUGCUGUUUUACAAUCAUAUGGUUAUACUUUAGGAGAAUCACUCGGUAAAGGUUCCUAUGCCGUUGUUAAAGCAGCAUACUCGCAAAAACACAAAAAACGGGUUGCAAUUAAAAUAGUAUCAAAAAGACGAGCACCAGAUGACUAUUUAACAAAAUUUCUCCCUCGUGAAAUUCAAGUAAUGAAACGACUUCGUCAUCCAAAUUGCGUGUGCCUUUACGAGGCGAUUGAAACGAGUUCUCGUAUAUACCUUGUCAUGGAUAUGGCUGAUAAUGGCGAUCUAUUGGAACAUAUCAGAUCAAAAGGUGCACUCUCAGAAGAAAAAGCCAGAGGUUAUUUUAGACAGUUAAUUGAUGCCACAGCUUACAUGCACGACAGGGAUAUUGUUCAUCGCGAUUUAAAAUGUGAAAAUCUUCUCCUAACCCAGCUUAACGCAAUCAUGAUAUCAGAUUUUGGCUUCUCAAGAGUUCAAGCAAAAAUUCCAGAUUCGCAAAAACGAAAAUUGAGUCGGACAUUUUGUGGCUCGUAUGCUUAUGCUCCACCUGAAAUCCUUCGAGGUAUCGCUUAUGAUGGUACUAUGGCAGAUAUUUGGAGCCUCGGAGUUGUAUUAUUUACUAUGGUGUGUGCCAGUUUGCCUUUUGAUGAUAGCAAUUUAAAGAUUCUCUUGGAGCAAGUAUCUAAAAGAGUACAGUUCCCUCGUAAGCGUGGUGCAUUGUUGACAACUGAGGUGAAAAAUUUGAUUGGACGAAUGCUAACAAGUGAUGUCAGUGAGCGAAUUGAUAUUGAAGGUAUACGAAAUGAUCCGUGGUUUCGAAAUAACAAAACGAGUACCGUGUCCAUUUCAGAAGUAGAUCCUAGUACAACCUCGACUCAAUCUAACUCACAUGAAGACGAGUCUUCUCAUGAAAAAAAGAAAACCACUUGCAGUCCAGUUCGAGCUUCUGAGGACACUCCGCCAGUGCAGAGAAUGUCUACACGAUCAAGUACCAGAAAGAAAACAAAGGAUGCUGACCCACCAGCAGAAUUGCGUGAUCUACCAUCUAGUAGUAAGCAAGAUGUACCUAUCCCCAUCACAAGCAAAUCACAAGAGUGAAGUUUAUUUUCACAACUGUCAAAGAAUAUUUUAAUAUUGGGAAAAACCCUGGACAUCCGAUCAAUGUAAUCAAAAAAAAAAAAAUAAAUAAAGUAUUUCUCAAUGUA